GCUGAGCCCUUCUGUCUAUUCCACAUGCGUUUUGUGUAGCAAGACAGGUAGAGAACCAGGGCCCGUAUCCUUAAAGAUUCUGAGAAUCCUCUCAGAGAGCUCCUAACUUAACCUAAAAAUUCCUUGCCAGGAGUUUUAGCUUAGAAGUGAUUCCAGAACAUUUUCAGUGAACUCUGAGCCAGGAAUGGAUGAAAAAUCCUAUCUUAGUGAGGAGGUGUGGUUGACCCCGUUGCUAGGUAUGAGUCAUCAUUUCAAAAGCCGUGAUUGGUUGAUCCUACAAGUUUGAUGAAAAUUAACUUUUGGUGAUAAUGAGCAAAGGAUGUACCCUCAAAUCAAUAAACAUAAUUAUACACUCUAAUCUUAUGCAGACUAUAAUUGUAAAUAAUAUUUCACAUUCAAGAAAAUAUCUGGAAAAUGAAUAGUAAGCUGUAGGGGUUAUAGCCUAACAUUAGAAUCUAAAAUAUGUGAAAACUUAAGCUCAUUACACCCUGUUCAAAUAAUGAUUUGUGUCUCAUUUGCUCAUAUUAAUAUCCUAGCUGGCAUAUUUUGUACUUUCACUUCCAUAUGGACCCCAUUGAAAACAAGAUGGCCUAUCUCAAGGGGCUGUCCUUAAUGAAGUAGAAAUUGCAACGUUACAACUCAGUGUGAACUUAACGAGGGUAACACAGCUCAGCUUUUAACAAUGUCUGUGAUUGCUGGCUGGUCUAUUUAUGAAGGCUUGUUAACAAAUAUCCUACAAACACAGAAAAUGGAGAAAAAAAGGAAUCGCAAGCCGAACUGGACUGAGGAGCAAUGUUUGUUGCUGGCCCAGUUGGUGAACGAACAUAAAGGUAUGUUACGAGGAAAAUUUGGCCCAACUGUCACUAGCCAAGGCAAGAGGCGCGCCUGGGACACAAUAUCCCAAACAAUCAAUGCCUCUUUUCCACUGGUGGUGCGGACAGGCGACGAUUGUGAGAAAAGGUGGUAUGUGCUGCAGUCCAAGGCAAAAGAUGAGAUUGCAGCACACAAGCGGGAAUCCUCACUCACAGGGGGUGGACCACCUGCAAAGCGGCUGUCCCAGGUGGCCGACACUGUCUUUCAAGUCCUGGGACACUCUGAGGUCAGUGUCACCGGGCUGCCAACAGGCAUUGACACGUCAAUGAUGCAGGCCCUUGAAAUGCAGCAAAGCAUUGAGCCAUCACAAGAACCGGGCCCAUCAAGUUUGCCGCCUGAACCAUCUGCAGCUGCUACUCAGGAUAGCCCGGCGGAUCAAACACCAUUCCCAUCCGCAGCACCUGCUCCGUCAGCAUCCCUGCAGGAGAGAAGAUUGCAACUCACAAUUGAUGUGUUUGAACAACAAAAAAAAGUCCUUUCCCUUCAGGAGGAGUACUACCGCCUUAAAAUUGAACACCUAAAAAAUAAACCAUUUAGAGAUUGUGUUCUGUGUCUUGCAUUUAACAAUUGCAGGUGAUGUGCAGUAAAACUGUGGUAGUUCUUAAUACCAUCACAAGUUCUCAAAUGACAUGGGGCUACUGUAGCUUGCCUGAAAU